AGGGAAGAGGAAGUGCCUGACCAGGCUGGCCCCGCGCACGGUGCACCCAGACUCUCCUGGGCCGGCUGAGCGCGCUCGGUUCCGGGUCCGGUGACUCGCGUGACAAGCGUUGCCGGGUGCGCAGAGGAAGGAUCUGCCCUGACAGCCUGGUGGAAGAUUCCCGGUGCCCAUGGCGGGCGAGGGAUUCGGGCAGCCGGGGACGACAGCCACCCUGGCGCCCGAGACCCGGGAGCACCUCUUCAAGGUGCUGGUCAUCGGUGAGCUGGGCGUGGGCAAGACCAGCAUCAUCAAGCGCUAUGUGCACCAGCUCUUCUCCCAGCACUACCGCGCCACCAUCGGGGUCGACUUCGCCCUCAAAGUCCUCAACUGGGACAGCAGGACGCUCGUGCGCCUGCAGCUGUGGGACAUCGCGGGGCAGGAGCGGUUUGGGAACAUGACCCGAGUCUACUACAAGGAAGCUCUUGGGGCAUUUGUCGUCUUUGAUCUCUCAAGAAGCUCCACAUUUGAGGCAGUCUUAAAAUGGAAAAAUGAUCUGGAUAGUAAGGUCCAUCUUCCCAAUGGCAGCCCCAUUCCUGCUGUCCUCCUAGCUAACAAGUGUGACCAGAAGAAGGAUGGCACCCAAAGUCCUUCCCAAAUGGACCAGUUCUGUAAAGAUCACGGAUUCACUGGAUGGUUUGAAACCUCUGCCAAGGAUAAUAUAAACAUCGACGAGGCCACCCGGUUCCUAGUGGAAAACAUCCUUGCGAACCAGCAGAGCUUUCCCAGCGAAGAAAACGACAUGGACAAAAUUAAACUGACCGAUGAGCCCCUCCCGGCAAAGCCCAGGUCCCAGUGCUGCUGACGUGUCUCUGCGCUGGCUGCCCUGUCUCCUUGGUCCUGCGUGUGUCUGAGGAUGCUCAUGGUGCCACUGUCCCCUGUGAGUGUCUCUCAGGUGUGCUUUACCAUCCGGCUGCACAGGAAUCGCUCGUGUGAAGCCGGAGAUCCGUGGAGAACAGUUCCCACCAGAGACCCUGUGACUUACCAGAUGAACCCUAGGUUCUUUUUGUACUGCCAAAUGCAGACUAAUGUUUUUAUCCUUUGAAGCAUUAUUGGACGUGCGUUUCAAGUGUUAGCUUUUAGUGUAAGUACUGAAGUAGCAGAAAAACUUCCCCGCGGUGUUUCUGACA